AUGCCAGGGACGUUCAACAUUGAUUCAUCUCCACAUCUUAAGAAUCUUAAGCUUACUAACUUGGGAAUCACAGACAAUUUUGUCCGCGAACUUUUGCACAAAUUUCCUGUGCUGGAGAAGUUAAACCUGAGCUUUUGUCAUUGGUUAAAAGGGAUCGACAUAUCAAGCCAUAGUCUUAAGAACAUUAUUAUCAGGCGAUGUAGGAGGUUGUUGGAGGCAAAGGUUGAUGCUCCUAACUUACUUUCAUUCAAAUAUGAUAGAAUGCCCAGCUUAUCUAUAACUAUUACCAGUCCCCCACGGCAGUGGAAGCCCGUUGCAAUUUUCUAUGGAAAUUUAAAAAUAAAUCAUUUGAAAUGGUUCGGUCGACUGAGAAAUUUUGUCUCUAGCCUAAAUCGCCCCGUGGCUUUGAAGGUUAAUCUGAUUGGAUGGCCUAAAAAGACUCUGACGGGGAUUAAUAAUUAUAAAGGGAUUCCUCUGUGUGAUCAGGUUCCUGUAAUAGAGCGUUUGGAGGUAAGAGCAUUUGAUGACUUGAGGUGUUAUGAAUCUCUUUUGGAUUGCUUGUUCUGGACUUGUCAUCCUACUAAGCUGUUUUUAAAAUCAUGCAAUAAGUUGAAAAAAACACUCAUAGAAAAACUCUGUGAGAUGCUGAUGGAGAGAGAAGAAGAUCCUCGCUGCUGCAGUUCUGCCAAUAGCAAAUGCUGGCGACAUCAUUUGAAAGACAUGGAUGUCGGGUGCUUUGAACUGAAGAAAAGUGUUGAGAGACCUCUUCACUGGAAGGCUUUAUUAAAUUUGUUGCCUUCUCUUGGAGAACAGCGGGGGAUUUGUUUUAAAUUAAACUGGCGACUGGGAAUGGGCUGGGCUCAGCUUUUGGACCAAUUUGAACUAGUGAUCAUCAAGAUUAAGGAAAGGGAAAAUACUGGGACAGGAUUGAGGAGUAAAUUAUGCUUCAAAAGAAAAACAAGAGGAAGCUUGAGCAUUCGGGCUGCUGCUGCCAUCGCUUUUCUUGUUCAGUCUCGUGAAUUUAAAUGUAAUCUUUCUGUUUACCAUGGAAUUGUCGAAGAAAUAAGGCCCAUUGAGCUGCUUUAG